UACCCUGAAGGCCUCCUGGUGAUCAUGGAUUACAAACUGCAUCCCACCUAUUGAUCACUGGUUUCACAAGUAAAACCCAGGUUUAUGAGCAGAUUUCUUAAGUCAAGACAAACGAUGUGGGCCAGAGCUGUAAUACUUUUCAUUGGUGUGGUAUUCCACUACCAYCAGGCCUUAGCAGUGGAUACCUACAUGGCUGAGUUCAUGAUAGAAAGCAAUGCUACGAUGUACGUCUCUGGUGCUCUAUCAGCAAUCAAGCAAAUAGCAACACCUAAUACAACAGUGACUAUUGAACUGCUUGAACUAACAGCAGAAUGUCAAAUUGUCGGGAAUGCUUCUACGUGUAACUGUUCAUCAGCGUACAUCUGGAGUAACGACGUGUGUGGCAAUUUCCAGUGUUGCAAUGACACAUAUUGUAACGCAAAUAUUUCUCACUACCCAGCCUUCUGCAUACCCAAAGUGAAAGUUCGCUUAAAUGGAACAGUCCAAGUGAGAUUAACAAUUUAUCAAACUGAUACUAUCAAAAAACAGCUUACAGAUGGUUUUAAACAAUUACAUGGGUUUGGGUACCUCAAUGUGUCUGGACCGAGGGAUGCUGGCCAAAUUGUUGAUUUCAAAGUGGAUCUCAGUGUCAUAUUUCUGACUGAUACACUUGCAAAAAUAAUAGCUGACCUGGAACCUACUGUUGGCAAAAUAGCUGUUGAAACAUCAGGACUCGUGAGCAUUCAGUAUCCAAUGGACACAGUGAAAUUCUCCUCAACACCGAUGCUAAACUGCAGAUUUGAAGAGAAAGCAAACGGCUCUUGGAACUGGAAACUGUUAAAAGGAAAUAAGACAUUUGAUCUGAACACUGGAAGCAGCAUAACCGUCUCAUUCCCCAAUGAAACGCCAUCCAAUUAUACCACAGUCCAAAUAUUAAAGUUGUCAGGGAACUGGGCAGGGAUUUAUAAGUGUGGAUUUUCCAAAGGGUCCAUUGUGCACGCAGCCUCUGCAGAGUUGAAGGUAGCCCUGCUACCAGAUAAGAUCACCAUGACGAGUGACCCACUGACUGUAGAUUGCCAAGAUGCAGCGCCUCAUGUUACAGUCACCGCAACCAUCGAUAACAGCACAGAGCAAUACACGYUCACUUGGUUUUACCAAAAUAAUCUCCAAACUACAAAUCUCCAAACUCAACCAGAACCACCAGCGGGGAUAGCCUACACCACAGUGAUAUCUAUAAAUUGCAAUCCAUCAAGCUCACCCCAUGUUGUCAUCGUCAACUUUAAAAACCAGAUGGAUGAGAACAAGAUUGCAAGCAUAACUAUCCCAGUGAUAUAUGCUCAGGACAAGAACCAGGCUUGUCCUGAAGAAAAUAAUGUUUGGCCAAAAACUCCAAAAGGUGUAACUGUUACCAUACGAAAAUGUGAGGUGAAUAGAGUGGGGUACAAAGAGCGGACAUGCAAGGGGCCUGAAUGGAUGCAAGUGCUGGAUAACUGUGUCAAUGAGCAGCUAAACAAAGUUGUCAAUGCAGCAGCAGAUUUUAAAGAGGGACUUGGGGCCACUCUGCAGGUUGCUAUUCAAAUCUUUUCUGAUUUGAAGAGCAGCCUGGUUGCUGACUCAGUUGCUGAUCUGAGUGCAUCCAUCAAUGUUCUGGACAUCAUGUCGAGAGCAUCAGAAACCAUCACCCUGGAUAACUCCAUUUUAGAUGGAUUUCUUGGUGCAGCAAGCAACAUGUUGAAUAACACUUGGAAGGCAGUCAACAAAACCCUUGAAUACGACAUGUCCUCAAAAUACCUCACGUCUAUCGAGGGUCUAGUGAAUAACAUCAAAAUGAAUACCAGUGACGGAAAUGACACCCCAAAUAUACAACUCAAACUCUGCAAUGUUCAAAACAGCACAUCUUGCAAUGACAUUGUGUUUGGCGUAGAGGUCAAAUUGGCCCUGUCCUCGGGAAUAGUGAAAACUGUGGGAGUAAAAAAUCUAGCUGACAAAUUAGACAAUUCAAAAUUCUCAGGCUAUAAGUUCCCUAGCAUUGUGGUGUCAGCCACACUGCAAAACAGCAAUGACUCCAUAAUAGACAUCAAAUUGGACUUUCCCAUCAACCAGUCGAUGGCUCAAGACUCCAACAUCCUCUGUGUGUUCUGGAACACCACAUUGAAUGAAUGGUCUGAAGAAGGCUGCAAGUGGAAUGAAAGGGUCAACAAUAGAAGCUAUUGCGAGUGCACCCACCUGACCUCCUUUUCAGUGCUGAUGUCAAAGUUCCCGGUGACCCUGCUCUUUCUGGAUGAGAUCACCUACGUGGGCCUCGGCGUGUCCAUCUGCUCCCUCCUCAUCUUCCUCAUCAUUGAGGCGCUGGUGUGGUCGGCCGUCGUCAAGUCCAACCUCUCGCACUUCCGCCACACGGCCCUGGUCAACAUCUCACUGUGCCUGUUACUGGCCGACUGCAGUUUCCUGGCCGCCUGCUUCCCCAGCAUCAAAACUUCUACCUGGUGCCUCAUCCUGACCGUGACCGAGCAGUUCUUCUUCCUGGCUAUGUUCUGCUGGAUGCUAUGCCUCAGCAUCAUGCUACUACACCAGCUCAUCUUCAUCUUCCACCCGCUGAGGAAGAGGGUAUAUUUGCUCCUGUCCACCAUCCUCGGCUACAUCUGUCCCACACUGAUAGUGUCAGCUACCUAUGUGUACUACAAAUACACAGGGAAACCCUACCACGACACGGAAACCUGCUGGCUCACUUACGAGGGACCUCUGAAGGGGUCCAUUCACGCAUUUCUUCUGCCUGUCUGGACGAUUGUUUUGAUGAAUCUCUUCUCCAUGGGUGUUGUCAUCAUGACACUCCUAAAGUCCACUGUCUCUGAUGGGAGUAAAACCGAUGAGAAAGAGGCAGCCAAAAGCAUCAUGAAAGUGAUGGUCUUUUUAACACCAGUCUUUGGGGUAACAUGGGUUUUGGGAUUCUUUGUGCACACCAUUGAUGUCAAAGCACCAAUGGGUGAUCUGAUGCAUUAUGCUUUCACCAUCAUAAACUCCUUUCAGGGCCUCUUCAUUUUGCUGACUGGAUGUUUUGCAGAGAAAAGGGUGAGAGAUGAGGUGUUGAAACUUUUCUUGGCUGGGGCACCUACUACCAAAGGGAAAAGUGAGAGUAUAAAAAACCUGACAAAGUCCACUUCAAAUAAUUGAUGAACAUCAAGAAAACUAGCUAUAUACUGGAUCAAGCUAUAUACUGGAUCAGGACCAACCCAUAUGUCUGCCACUACACUCACCCAUACAGAAACAUCCACCUGGUUGGUUCCUCAAAGACAGGGAUGGCUGUGGUUUAGGUGGUGUUUAGACAGGUCUUUUCAUGAUUUCAUUAUAUUAUGUCAAUUACCUAUCAAGUUUCAUAUUAAUAUCUGAACUCCUAGACAUGAAUCAAUUGCUAAACACAUCUUUGUGAUUUCCUGUAAACUUAUUUCCUACAAACAGUACAGUAGCAUACUAUGAUGUCAGAAGAGAUGUCAUAAUAUUACUGUUGUGUUGGUCAAUGGCAUUUGGUUAAAUAUAACUAAUGAUUUAAUUUA